AUGGGCAGCCUGGCUUUCCUGCUCCUGCCCUUCCUGGCACCUGUGGCCACCACAGCCAUCAAUCCAGGCCUAAGGGCCCUGACCAACCUAAACUUGCCAACCUUCCCCACAUUCCAACCUGAUGAAGGCAGUAACUACUCAGUCUAUUACUUCGAACAGAAGGUUGAUCACUUUGGAUUUUAUAACACAAAGACUUUUAAGCAGCGGUACCUCAUAGCCGAUAAGUACUGGAAGACAUACGACGGUGUGAUACUCUUCUACACUGGUAAUGAAGGUGACAUUACCUGGUUUUCGGAUCGUACGGGGUUCAUGUGGGAUGUGGCUGAGAAGCUGAAGGCUUUGCUGGUGUUUGCUGAGCAUCGGUACUACGGGGAGUCCCUUCCCUUUGGUAAGGACUCAUUCAAGGAUUCCAAGCACUUGAAUUUCCUGACAUCAGAACAGGCUCUGGCUGAUUUUGCAGAGUUAAUCAGACACUUGAAAAGAACAGUCCCAGGGGCAAGUGAUCAGCCUGUGAUCGCCAUCGGGGGCUCUUACGGUGGCAUGCUUGCAGCCUGGUUCAGGAUGAAGUAUCCUCAUUUAGCAGUCGGAGCUCUUGCAGCUUCCGCCCCUAUCUGGCAAUUUGAAGAGCUGACUCCCUGUGGUGUGUUUAUGAAGAUUGUAACUGAAGAUUUCAGGAAAGGUAGUGUAACAUGUUCAGAGAGCAUCCUUAGGUCUUGGGGUGCCAUUAACCGACUCUCAAAUACAGGCAGUGGCCUGCUAUGGCUUACCAGAGUCUUCCACCUGUGUACCUCCCUAAACUCUGAGGACAUCCCACGCCUGAAAGACUGGCUCUCUGAGACCUGGGUGAACCUGGCCAUGGUGAACUACCCAUACCCAGCCAACUUUUUAAAGCCUUUGCCUUCUUGGCCUAUCAAGGUAGUGUGCCAGUACCUGAAAAAUCCCUACAUGUCUGACUCCCUGCUGGUUCAGAACAUUUACCAAGCACUGAAUGUGUAUUAUAAUUACUCAGGCCAGUCCGAAUGCAAUAAUAUUUUCGAAACAACAAUUGCCAAUUUGGGAUCCCGGGUUUGGGGCUACCAGACCUGCACGGAAAUAGUCCUGCCUUUUUGCACUAAUGGCAUCGAUGACAUGUUUGAACCCCGUGCGUGGGAUUUGCAAAAGUAUUCUGAUGACUGUUAUAAACAGUGGGGUGUGAGGCCACGACCUUCCUGGAUCACUACCGUAUACGGAGGCAAAAACAUCCUCUCACAUUCAAACAUCAUUUUCAGCAAUGGUGACCUAGACCCAUGGUCAGGGGGUGGAGUUACUGAAGACCUCUCCGAUACCCUGGUGGCCGUCAACAUCCCCCAGGGAGCUCACCAUUUAGAUCUGCGCUUCAGCACUGCCACGGAUCCAGCAUCCUUGCAGUUAGCCCGCUCUGUGGAAGUCAGACACAUGAAACAAUGGAUCUCAGAUUUUUUUGGCAAUUACAGAAAGCAGCCCUGA